UUUCGCGGGCUGAUCAACACAAGCCACACACCGCCAAUAACACUUUGGGUUGUUUUAAUAAAAUAAAAUCCAAUCACUCUAACUAUUACUCCAGUUGAAACGAUGUCGAAGUUUUUGUACACAUCAGUUGGCGAUCAACUCAUAAAGAUCUCAUCUUUAAGUUUAACACCAUGUCCAUGGGUAGGAGGCGCUGAAGACGGACCCGCCCAUCAAACACAUGAUGUAAACAACAUUACUAAGCCACCAUCAGUUUUGGCCGAAUCUUUCCGUUUCUCAACAAAAAGUGGCAGCUUUGAACCAGGAAAGAACAAAGCCAUUCUACCCAUUGACUCAACAUCCAGAUUGCUCAGACUCGUCGCAUUGUCGAAUGUUGUGGAUGAUCUGACAGGAUUAAAAAUGCCAUGUGUCGUUGUUGAAACCGAAACUAAAACCAAACGAAUCCAGAGUGCUGGGGAUGGUGGGAGCUCUAACCGAGUUCGGAUAAUCAUCAUCUUAUUAUCAGUACAAAAGUGGAAAUUUAUGGUCUACGGCUCCAUCAGCUUGGGGUAUUCUUUAAGCAAGUUGUCCAAUGUUGGACUUGCUGAUGGUCCCACACUCUGCUGGGAACACCAAAGAUGCAUUUGUAUCACGUGUGCGAGUCCGAGAUCAAAUGGAAAGAAAGUUGACGUAAUAAGUUUUAAACAACACAUGUGGAAACUCUCCAACACUCUUAAGUGGUUUGGGUUGAUACAUGAUGAUGCGGUUGCCAUAGGAAUGGAGAAGCAGACCGAAGCCGAUUGGCAUUCAAGCACGGCUAUUUUUGACCGACCGGUUCAUAAAUGGACUGUGGUUAGAUUACAUGAUUCCCAGCCAAUAAAAGACAGUAUUACCAUCAUGCCUCAUGAAUAUUCAAAUAUCGUAACCUGUAUCCACUUCAGCACUAUGAGCCAAUGGGGUGGAAGACUGUCAAGAGAAGUGGUUUGGGCAGCCACGAACCAGUUCCAACUGGUUGAAGCUAAUGGAGGGGUGGUCCAGAGAGUUUGCAGCCUCCCCUUCAGUGAUUCCUGCAGAAUUUCUGUUGCCAUGGUUUCGGGUGCAGAGGAGCUGAUUGUCGUACAGUCGACCAGCGGAAAAAUGUGUGCUGUUUGGCGAAAAUCUUUUGAGGUUGCUGUUGAGUGGGCCGGCUAUCACACAGUACUAGUGGGGGAUUUCAUGUCCUUUGGAGCGGAGCAAGUCUUGCUCUUGGGAGGCGGGGCAGAUGCUUAUCGAGAGCGGUUCCUGCUUACUGAUCUUGGCAGCUGCAAUUGGAUGACUGAAGAAAAUGGAGAGACUGCAUUACCAAGAAACGUGCCAUGUGCUGAGAAUCUUUUGUCUGCAGUACAGGCUCUCGAGGCUCAAAUACAGACUGGAAUGGUAGCUCUUAGAUCUUCAGAGAAACGGUACGAUCGGAAAGAACAACUUAUCCUUCAAGCCCACGAUGCAUUGUACAAAAUGGCCGCAGGACAGGAGUCACCUACACAAAUGCCACACAUUUCUUUGACCUGCUUCUGUGACCUCUCUGGUAAAGAUGAAGAUGCAGUGGAGAUGGAUAGGGCUGAACAUGGAACCCUGAGGAGCUUGGGUAGUUGGCAGCGCAUUGUUGCCAAUCAGUGGAUUGUAGGUGUUGAAGUCUGUAACCAAACAGGCAGGAACAUUUCAAACAUCACUGCAUCCCUCAUUCCGAUUGCCACAAGCCAGACUAGUCUCUGCUCAGCCGCUACAUCCGUUUGCAAAGUCAAAUCAGUAGCCCCCACCGCAGCCUGUACACUGCCCAACCCAUCAAGGCCAUCAACAUCACAACCAGUAGAGGAGCCGGUGGGGAAGAGGUUGAAGACGGACUCAAUGAAGAACAAGGAUGGGAUGACCGUUUUGCAACCAGGACUCGUCAUGACGUUGAUAGCCAUUACAAAUAUCCCUGAAUUCCAGAGUGGGUCAAUCGCCAAGUUUGACGUGAUGCUGAAGUGGAGUGAAUCCUCAGCAGGCGUCCUGCCUGAAGGAGUCAAUCGAGGGCCUGCAACGCUGCAGUCAAACAGGGCUAAUAGAAUGCAGAGUUGUGGCACUGUUGUGUUGCAUGUUUCCGAUCUUGUGACUGGAAAAUUGGAAGUAAAACCACUUGAUGCAGCAAGAUCAGCAAGUCAGUAUGACUGUGACAUUCAAGCACUAGAUGCCCUUCAGCUUGCUACAUCUUUGAUUGUGACGUCCAAGUGCAGCAAUCUACUUUGCCUUGACGGUCUCCUGAGAGGUCCCAUGGGCUUCCAAAGUUUGAGGGGGCAAGAGCUUAUUUGUCCCCAUGGGUUGCUCAGUCUAAUGAGGGUCCAGAUUCUGGCAUCUGAAGGUCCACAUAGGAGGAGAGUAGUUGUCCACAGCAGGGAUCAAUCAGACCUUCUCCUACUCUGCCAGCACCUGUGCCAGCUGCUACCAGAUGAUGUCAUCAUUAAGCCCCUCCCACCUGUCAAUCAAGUCAAGACUGCCAUAGCAACGGCUCUGCAAGCCAUUGAUAAAGAGCUGUCGGUUACAUGCAAGCAUCUGCUCAAGUUAUCCACAGACCAGUUUUCUUCCAUGUUACGGGGCCAUGGCGUUAACAGUGCUUCAUCAGUUGAGAAUGGUGUGGAGGGUGGGAACAUUGAUCAAUUGGGACGGGUCAGAGGUGAUUUUGAAGCAGAGAGGGGGAGAGUGUCGAAUGGGGGUGCCCCUGUGGAGGUUGCUGCCCCGGAUGUGGCAAAAGCUGUACGACAGGAACAGCUACGCUUGAGGAACAUCACAGAUGAAAGUGUCGGUGGUCUAGCCUGUGUACUGUAGCCUGAGAUGAUAAUGUCACCUGAGGGUUGUUUCCCAAGUGAAGAACUAGGCCCAAUUUCAUUAAGCUGUUAAGCAGUGAAAAAUUUCUUUGGUUAGCAAAAAUUUAGUUGGACACCAAACACAACCAUGUAAACUUAAUGCAAUUUUGUCUAGUGAAACGUUUAAGUAAUGUUUCACUAUUUAUGCUUCUAAGGCUUUAUUCAAUUUGGGCCCUGGUGUUCUCCUCUUUAGGUUAUAUGGGAUCCAGACGGGGUAACAGUAUACCCCGUAUAGGAUAGCUUGUAAGUAGAAUAGGAUGUUUCCACCCAAGAUUAUACCUAUUUGGCACUAUUUGGUACUUUGCAAGUUCAAAUCAGGGUAUACGUUUAUCCUACCCCAGUUGGGAAACCAGUGAAUUGAGCCCUUAUCAGCUGGAAUUGUUCAUGGAUUUCAAGCAGAUGUCAGUUAGGCCUAUUGGUAAACAACCUGAAAGACAACAAAAUCAAUCUGAAAUAAUUUUACAAUUCUGCAAUUUGUACUUUUAUGAAAGAUACUUUUAUUACUGUAUCUUAUCGUACAUUUUUAAGUCUUGUCGUGACAUUAUUUCAUAAUAGAAAACAAAAAUAAGCACGCUUUACAGGCAGUGGACAGUAUUGGUAGUUACUCAAACUAAUUAUUAGCA